ACUUGAGUCUUACUGUAUGUGUGUGUGCGAGUCGAGAGCAGUAUCAGAGUAUUACUUGCUGCUCUGUCUUCAUUUGUCGAACCAAUCUCACACCCCCACCCCACCCCACCCCACCCCUCACUUUCAUCCCCCACCCCCUCUCCCACGACGCAACAAUUUUGAUUCUUUAGAUUCUUUUUCCUCUUUCUUCUCGGGGAAGACGACGUAGGGUUUCCUACUCGGGGGAAUUAGGGUUUGAAAGGACCUGUUUUGGAGGUGAAAAUCAUCACAUAGAUUUACCUGCAUUAUCGAAAUGUCGAUUUGCUCAUAUUACAAGACCUCAAAUGUACAGUCUGGUCUAAGGGAAGAACUCUCCGGCAAGAUCGGGUGAGAUUAAUCUCCAUUGGAAUGGCGACUGAAAGCCCCAUUAGAAUAUCGGAAGCUGCUGACAGAUGGCCAUCGGCUAAGCCUUCUACAAGGUACAGGCCAUCAUCUGCCGAAAUGGCCAUUGAAGGUCUGGGCUUGUUCUUCAAAGAUCAGUGGCUUAACAACCACGAAAAAGAUGUUAUCCCGAGCCGAUGUGAAAGUGCGCCGCCAAGCAUGGAAGGCUCCAUCUCAGCAAUAGAAAACGUCAUUUCCCAUCAGAAUAACCCUGUUAAAAAAUUUCCUACCUUCUCUGCAACUAGCGGAAAUGAUCAACCGUCGUCUUCAUCAUACCAUGGAAAGUUCAACGAGUCUUUAGGCUCAUGGAAGACACACCAUGUCUUCCAAGCAACUGGUUCUUCCGGGAUCGGGAAUGCGGCGGAUGCUAAAUUUUCCGAUAGCUCUCUACAGCUGCCGAGGAAUCGACUUCCUGCUCAUGAGGAGGAAUCUGAGGACGACGUGUUAUUUGAAUCCGGGGCAGCUGGGAAAACUGGUUUCUUGGGUUACCAUAAUCGCUCCCUGGGCUCAAUGCAGGAGGAAUUCCACCACACGUCAUCUCCUUCAAAUGAUCAGCCACGCUCCUUGGGCAAUCGAGCUUUGGAGAAAACAAUUGUUUCUGAUACCGAACCACGUGUCCUAAACAAUACCUCUUCCGGCGUAUCUAUUGCUGAUAAAAAUGCUCCUCGACUGGAUAAUAUGAUGCAAGCCUUGUCGCUUAAUGGAAGAGAGUUCGGUGCUGUAGAAGUCGAGAGAGAGAGUGAUUUAGAAAAUACCGAAACUGAGGUUAUGAAGAAUGCCGAUCUACUUAGAACUUCAGCGGCUAUGGAGUCUCGGAAACUAAACAAGACGGAUCAACUCAUCUCCCAAAAUGAAGUUCUGCAACAUCAAGCUGCUGCCCACAACUCCAAUGCUUCCCAAGUUCAAGGCUCGUAUCCUCAGAUUAUGUAUCCUGGUAUGAGUCACGCCUACGGUGGCUUCAACCAGUUCCAAUACGGUUCUUCAAGUGUUUCUGCGACAGAUAUUCAGCCGACUCUCCAGUCAUCUGGAUUCACACCGCCACUAUAUGCAACGCAAGCCCUUUAUAUGGCUUCGACUAAUCCUUAUUAUGCAAACCUGCAUCAAGGCGGUUUCUUUAGUCCAAGGUACGGCAUGGGUGGCUAUAAUUCCAAUUCUGGUGUUCCAACUCCAUAUCUGGCCGGAUAUUCCCAUGAAGGUGCUAUGCCUCUGGUUUUUAAUGGCGCUCCGUAUCCAACUGCUGGAUCGCCAAACGGGGGAAGCGCAGCUCAUGCGUAUGAUCUCCAGAGUCAACAGAAAUUUUAUGGUCAAAUUGGACUUCCUAUGCCACCCACUCUCCCUAUGCAAUAUUUCCAGUCACCUGUUCGAGAUCCCUACGGUGCAUAUGCCCAUUUUGCUCAACAAACACCAAGGUAUGCUUCGGCUGUGAACCAAGUAGGCCCGAAAAAAGGAGCAGAGAAUGCAGGUCCAUCGAGCGACCAUAAAACUCAGCAGUUAGGUGGGGUUGGGUAUAACAAUUUGAACCCGAAAACAGUGAAUGCACCGGGUCAUUAUUAUUACUAUGGAAGCCCAACCAAUGCUGGUCCUUCGGUGCAUUUUCCCCCGGCAUCUGCUGUCAGUCCAGUUGCGAGGGCAAAAACUGCUGCAGGGACGAACUUUUCUGGAGGGGCGACUUACAAUUUGAGUCUUUCUCACUCACCAAGCGGUAACUCUAAUAAAGCUAACAGACAAGGCCAGACCUGGACUGACAUGAAUUCGUAUUCUUUACUCGAAGAGCUAAAAUCUGGUAAAGGUCAAAGAUUUGAGCUGUUUGAUAUAGCAGGGCAUAUUGUUGAGUUCAGCGUCGAUCAACAUGGAAGUAGAUUCAUUCAACAGAAGUUGGAGACGUGCACUGUUGAAGAGAAGUCAUCGGUUUUUAAGGAAGUUGUCCCACAUGCUUCGAAAUUGAUCACUGAUGUUUUUGGGAACUAUGUCAUUCAGAAGCUUUUUGAAUAUGGAAGUCCGGAGCAAAGGAAGUACCUUGCAAAUCAAUUGGAGGGUCAAAUCCUGCCGUUGAGUUUGCAGAUGUACGGUUGCCGCGUGAUCCAAAAAGCUCUUGAUGUUAUUGAUUUAGAUCAAAAGGUUAGGCUAGUAAGGGAGCUGGAUGGACAUGUACUGAGAUGUGUCCGCGAUCAAAAUGGGAAUCAUGUUAUACAGAAAUGCAUCGAGAGCAUUCCUGCUGAUAAUAUUCAAUUCAUAAUUUCUUCUUUCCGUGGACAAGUUGCUACACUUUCGAUGCAUCCUUAUGGUUGUCGUGUAAUUCAGAGGGUCUUGGAGCAUUGCGAAGAUGAAGCCCUGACGCAGUUCAUCGUGAAUGAGAUUUUGGAAUCUGUCUUAACACUGGCUCAAGACCAAUAUGGCAACUACGUGACACAGCAUGUAUUGGCAAGGGGUAAGGCUCGUGAAAGGAGCGAAAUCAUCGAGAAAUUUUCUGGAUCUAUAGCGCAACUUAGCCAACACAAGUUUGCGUCAAACGUUGUGGAGAAAUGCCUGGAGCAUAGCGAUGCAGUUACAAAAGAGAAGCUGAUCAACGAGAUAAGCGGUCUAGGCGAUGGGAAUGAUAAUUUAUUGGUUCUUAUGAAAGACCAGUACGCAAACUAUGUUGUCCAGAAGAUUCUGGAUACAUGUUCCAUCGAGCAACGGGAGAUGUUGCUUGGCCUCGUUAAAGACCAUCUUCCAGCACUAAAGAAAUACACUUAUGGGAAACACAUUGCUGCCCGGUUCGAGCAGCUGUAUGGAGAUGAAAUUCAAGGGCAAUGAACAGGCUACAAUUUAAUUCUUCAAUGGGAGGGAUCUUGAUCUUGAUCUGGAUCUGAAUCUGAAUCUGCCUGUGUUCUUCCAAGUGUUAAACAGGGUUAACUAUUAUAUAUUUCUACUGGACCAUCAGUACUGUGUACUAUAAUAUUAUUAUACAUUACAGGACCUGCUUAGAAUGUUGGAAGGUUUUAGUCAGUAUUUUAGAAGCACUUCAAACGCUUAACAGCCUAAACUUUCAGUGUGCCUUUCUGCUACUUUAAUCAUUCAUUCUCUAACUUUACUUCAGGAUGUGUUUGUA